UGGAGGUUGGAGGUUCAAGCAGCUGCCGAGCUCGAGCUACCUUCCUCUAUCUUUCCUUCCUCAGACUUCUCAUUGUUGUACUAACCAUUGGUACGGAACGUUGCCCUUAAGUUGAUUUUGCGAAGUUGAUGUUGUGGCUAUUGAUAUUGUUGAAGCAUUUGUUAGUUAGGUAUUUCCUCCCCUGACAUUAAAAGAUCUGCCAAGAUUUAUCCCUAACUACUUGAACUAAAUGUGCGAUUAUCAAUCAAAGAGUAAAGAUCCAUAAGCAUGGCCAUGCAAUCAUCAUGCAAUUGGUCCGCUGCAGAGACCAUAAUAAUCGCUCUGGUUGGACUGAAUCUUGUGAAGCAACGACCAGGCACGAACAGCCGCCAAGUUGCCUGACCACCAUUCACCGUAACGUUACUACACCUCUCAUUCACAGCACCACCAUCUUGGCCAUUUUAAUAAGCAAGCGCAGACAGUCGCGUCGAUCAUUAUCUAUCUUAUCCAGCUUUUGUUAUCCAUCUAUCUAUCUUUGACCUGAACUGCUACCGUAUUCAACCCAAAGUGGUAUCUUGUGUUGAUCUACCUAUCUAGCUACUAGAAUAAAAGAGGAGGAGAGAUUCGAAUUGUGCUUGGAUUCCACCAUAUACUCGGCACUCGGCAUCUCCUUAUCCCCAUGGUUCUCAUCGCCGAAGCAAACAGCAGCAGUGACCAUUCGUAACCAACCAACCAUUGACCAAACGCACAAGCAUACGAGUACCUGGAGAUCCAGCAAGACGACGAGUCAGUGACCAGCUCCAGGUUUGAAGAUUAUCAGUUUUAGAAUUUUAAUUAUCAGCAACAACCAACAACAUGGCAGCGAUCGCUCUUCGACGCGGCGGUUCCUUUUCGUCCGCUUCUGGAUCGAGCGAUUAUGGAACGGGCAGUCAUGACGACGAUCACAGUAACUUUGUGUAUGGUGGUGGAGGCGGUAUACCGACUGCAAGCCAGUUGUAUGGAGGAGGCGGUGGCGGUAUACCCUCGGCGAGCCAAUUAUACGGCGGAGGAGGCGGUAUACCCACUGCAAGUCAGUUGUAUGGAGGAGGAGGAGGCGGUGGUAUUCCGUCGGCAAAUCAAUUAUACGGAGGAGGCGGGGGUAUACCGUCAGCAAAUCAAUUGUACGGUGGUAGCCAAAGCUUUGGUCCCACCUUGUCUUCCCUUCAGUUCGACCCCGACGUGAAACGUCGUCAUUCUCUCAUGGAAAAUCAAAAUUUGUCGCAGGCCAGUGGACUCGGAGACGACUUGUCCCUGGUGGGAGAAUGCGACAACAAUUCCAUUCGCAGCAAUCGCAGUGAUCGACGUCCAGGACGCCGAGCUUCCCUCAGUGCUGCCAUUGAAUUAACGCGAACACCGCCCAAACGAACCGCCAGUUCCACGCAAAAACGAGGACGACGCAAUUCACUUUUCGGAAACAACAAUGGAACAAAAGAAAAGGACAAGGAAAAGGCGGAUAAAGAAUCUUCCGAAGCCAUGAUUGCCAAACUGUCCCAAAAGAAGGGAUCUCGCAGAGCCAGUAUGGCAGGAUACCCCGCGGCCAGUGCCACGUCGGUCACUGAACCAGAGCCCACCCCGUCGUUUUUUCAGCCUCGCAGCAAAAAGGACAAACGCCCGGGGGUUCCGGAUCGUCGCAAAACACGGUCCUUUGAGAAAAGCGACCGCAAAUACACGUCGCAAAGUCGUCCGGGAGAAAAAAUCAAACGUCCCGCCAAAGGAGGAAGUAGAAGGGCUAGCCUGGCCGCUCUUCCUCGCCGCAUGAGUUUGAGCCGAUCCAGUGGAGGAGGAUCCAAAUCCUCCAAGAAAGGAUCCAAUAGAUCGCUGCUCUCCCAUUCCAAUUCAUCCGAUUCCUACGCAGAUGUGAGCGACGACGACAGUUACUAUGGAACGAGCGGUAGAGAUAACAGCAGCGGUGGAGAGUCGGGACCUACCUUUGGUCGAACCAACACAGCUCCGGCUGCCGGCUACCGGCCGAAGAAAAAGGACCCUUCUAAAGUGGAUUUAGGAUACGGAGAUGAUCCCAAAUGCGAUCCCGACUUGCCGCCGCCACCGCCUCCGGUAAAACGAACUGGAUCGAAAGAAUCCGUCAAACGAGCAUUUCGUCGUCGAGGCUCCAAAAAGGCCAGCGCCAUCAAGGCCGAAGAUUUGGGAUACGGACAUGGUCAAUCGGCCGAAGAGUACGAUCCUCAGUUGCCUCCCCCGCCUCCUCCACCACCGCCGAAAAAAUCAGGAUCUUCAGCGACCGUCAAAAACGCCUUUCGCAAUCGAAGAGGGUCCACGGGAAUGGCUGCCUCCUUCACUUCCACCACGGCAGCACAACGUUCCCUCAAAGAAUCCCUCCAGUGGAAAGCCAGUCAGCACGGAAAUAAUUCACCCCGUCGAACAUCGGCGGCCAGUAGUAUCGCAAAUAGUGUGGCCACGGACGUGGCUUCCAACGUCCGAGGACAGCAGCAACAACAACAACAACAACGACGACGUGGACCCUCCGAUGUCCCUCCAGGAGGACGAAGAGCCCCCAUGGAUGUACCACCUCCUCGAAAGGGUCCUGCAGAUGUACCGCCUCCUCGAAGGGGUCCUGCAGAUGUACCUCCUGGUGGUCGACGAGUACCACAGGAUGUAGCACCUGGUCCUGCUCGAAGGGGUCCCGCCGAUGUGCCCCCAUCACAGGAACGACGAUACAGCUCAGUGGCGCCCUCCGAUAUGGAUUCUUCGGCCUCCUCAUUUUCCAUGGACAGCGAUUUUAAUCCAACACCCAUUCUAUCAAAUCGCAAGACCCGAGAACCACCUUCUUUGAUGCAGGGAGGAAGUCAACAUAGCCAUGGUGGAUUAUCCACAAUGGGACAUGUAAGUGGAAACACCAGCACUGCGCUUGGGGCCAUGAUGAUGGAUGAUGUUUCCGACGGAAGUCAAAGUUCUGCCGGUGGAGCCUUGUCCCUGGGCGGUGCAAGUUUGUCUCAGGAACGACGAGGCAGCAGUCGAGGAACGGCCACGGUGCAAAAUAGGAAUGCCGCCGCCCGCUAUACGCAUGGAUCUUCGCAGGCCCAGUUGCAUGGAUCAACGGCAUCUGGAUUCAACCCUUACAGCUCUGUUAUUGCCUCUUCGGGCGCAAGCGAUGACGACGACGAUGAAGAAGAGGUGGACGAAGAGGAGGAAGCGAAAAUGAAACAAAAGGACGAAGAGGAAAAGCCAGUCGAGGCGGAAACAGCAACAAGCACAACGACAACCAGCAAGACUGUGAGCGACGAUGGUGAUGGUCCAACAAAUGGGUCGACCACGGAUACCGAUCCGACAUUCUUGACGACCACCAAUACGGAUGUCGGCGGCGCUGUUGCAGACUUCAAAAUUCCGGAAGACAGCAAGAAACAGCACGACGGCGGUUCAGACGGCAGCAUGACAAGUGAAGUUCCCAAUGAAACGGACAAUAUGAGAGAUGUAGACAAUCAACUGGAGGAAAUCGGAGCCACAGGCGACUGGUCAGAAAUCGGAGCCACGGGAACUGCCACGGGCGACUGGUCAGGGUUAGUAACAGACGAAAUGGUUAAUCGCUCAAAAGCGCGAGUCGCCGAGAAUAAGAGCUUGCUGGACCGUUACCCCGGGAGCGAGGUUGAUUUUGACGGAGGGCUAGGAUACGGCUAUUCGCAUAUGGACAAGGUUGGAGUGAUGAAUGCUUAUGAUGAUGAGAGCGAACGAAAAUCUGAACUUGACAAUGGCUAUGGGUUGUCCGAUUUGUACGACGAGGACUAUUCGUCAUUUGGCUGGAGAGAUAAUCGGCCUCGUGCCGCGGAAUCUAUGGAAUUCAUCAAUAUGGAGCAACUCAUGUCCAAGGCGAAGAGUACCAAGGGUUUGCACUUGCCAACAUUUACUCCUGCCCAUGGUUGUACCAAUGCAUCCGACUUCAUUGUCCGCUGCUUUGUGGCGCGGCUGAGAGCCGGAAUGACCGUGACAAAACACAGCCGAUCGAGAUUUUGUAAGUCUCACGAUCGAAUUCUGCACAUUUUGCCGACCGGCUAUCACAUCACAUGGAUCCCUGAAACGGAGGAAGAAGUCCUGGCAAAGAGCACUAAGAAGCCUCCCACCAAGCUGGAUUUGACCAAAUGCUUGGAAGUUCGACACGCUUGGAGCCGCGACCCCAAAUCGUCUCGGUACACGGGGACCUCCACUUUGCGAUCCAAGUGUAAGGAAGGAGCCGCGAACAGAUCCUUCGCUUUGAUAUAUGCUCACCGAACAGUGGAUUUCACGGCCGCGACCGUCGAUCAAUGCAAGAUCUUGAUGGAAGGUUUCUCAGCCUUGUGCUUUCGACUACAAAUGGCCCGAUUGGAGCAACAGGAGAACGACGACGAUACCACGCAACACACAGCAGCGUCAGGCGUCGGGCACGACGACGACUCCACCACUGCCAGCUUGACAGGAACCAACAUGUCGGCACCGUGGGGUCUUUGAGACCACUGUCGGGCAAGUUGGGGGCUUGUUACAUGUAUGCAAAGGUUGCUUCCUUUCAUGGAUGGCACAAUCGAGCAGACUGUGUUUCGUGUUCCAUCCAAGGGACUCAAGUCACCCAUGGCAGCCGUCUAAACUACGCCUCGCAAACACAGAGUUUGCAAGGCAUGCGACCGUGCUUGCGGCCAGAUUCUGCAUCCUCUGUUCCACUUGAUAUAACUUCUAAAACAAUGUACCAUUAUUGGUAAAAGCCGAGCAGUCCAUUUUCUGCACCGAUGGCGGCGACAGUUCAUAACCCUCGUAGAUUUGUGUUUGCAUGGUACACGGCCGCGCUUGCGGCUAGAGGUUUGUAUUUUCAGUUGCAUCGGUCGCGAACUCGAUUUAAACCGAUGAAGGCAACUCUCCGCGGUGAUACGGUCUUGCGUUCGUACCCUCUGUCUAUUCAUUGUGGUUGAGUAUGAAAAAGGGCGAAAGGGGUGGAAGGCAGUGAUCUGAUUGGCUAAUCAAGCUAAUAUGUCAGCAAGUGCGUCAGCAAAUAUUCAAAUAUACUUAACGUACCAUUUAUAGUUAUUACGGAUACAAUGUGCUAUCAAGUUCGAAAUUUCGUUGUUGUUUUCGG